GAUGCGUAUUUUAGCGCUGCGUAGUAGCGUUAUAGCGUCCCGUUUUAACGUCGCGCGAGGCUUCGUCAAACAGAACGCUUUAGCGCGCGUUAGGGCACUGACUCGACGACACCGCGCCGCCAUUUCGCCAUUCGCCAAAGCGUAGUGCAGAUCGAUAGCAGUGUGAAGAGUUUGUUCGUUAUGGAGAUGUCGAGUGAUUCAGAUGUGGAAGAAUUAUUACUUUUAUAUGCUUUAUCACGGUCACAGAGAAAAAGAGUAUGGGUGCACGACAUCAAUCAAAAGAGAAAGGAUUUAGGAGAGUAUCAUCGUUUGUGUCGUGAGCUUGCAUCACAUGAAGAUCGUUUUUUUACAUACUUUCGUAUGUCUCAAGAUUUAUUCGAAGAACUACAUGAACUGCUCAUCCCAAAAAUAAGCAAAUGUACCACAAACUGGAGGACACCUAUUUCUACAAGAGAAAGACUUGUAAUCUGUCUAAGGUACUUAGCUACGGGUGAUUCACAUCAGACCAUAGCCUUCUCCUUCCGAGUAGGUCGUUCAACAGUCGGUGGUAUUGUAAAAGAAGUCUGUACAGAAAUCUGGAAUACAUUACAACCAGAAUAUAUGCCAUCGCCUACUGAAGAGACAUGGAAACAAUCAGAGAAGGGUUAUAGGGAAACCUGGAACUUCCCGAAUUGUGUCGGUAGUAUUGAUGGGAAACAUGUCUCUAUAAAGUGUCCCCAAAAUAGUGGAUCAGAAUAUUUUUGCUACAAGAAGUUUUUUUCUGUAGUUCUUCUUGCUAUAGUCGAUCCAUGUUACAAAUUCACCGUCAUAGAUGUCGGUAGUUACGGGCGGCAAAGUGAUAGUGGUAUAUUCGAGAACUCAAUAUUUUAUCGGCAAUAUAUCCACGGAAAAUCUCUGCUGCCAGAUAAACCUCUUCCAGGCACCGAGGAGCCCGUACCUCAUGUACUUAUCGGCGACGAAGGUUUUGCUUUAAAAACAUAUUUGAUGCGUCCAUUCCCAAGAGCCUUAGCCACACAAGACGAAAGAAAAACAAAUUUUAAUAAAAGACUUUGCAGGGCACGUCGGGUGGUUGAAAAUACAUUCGGAAUAUUAGCACAAAAAUGGCGCAUUUUUUUACGACCUAUUGACUGUGAUGUGGACACAUCAAUUGAUAUUAUUAAAGCUGCAUGUUGUUUACAUAAUUACUUGCGAACAAAACAAGGUACAGCGAUAUUAACUCCGGAGUCGGAAGAUGAAAACGCACCUAUGCGUGCUUUAAUAACUCAUCGUCCAACAAAUAGAAGAUCAACGACUGCAGCAUUCGAAACUCGUGAACAAUUUGUGUCUUAUUUUAAUCAAUAAACGAAUUUUUUUA